UUAAAGCUUGCAUGUGCUAAAAAAACCAAGUUCAGUCUCAAAACAUGAGUCUUAUCAAGCACUCCAUUAGAGGAAGAUCAGAGUUGCAGGGUCCAAGGCCAUCACCGUUAAAGGUUAGCCAUUCUUCAUCGUUGAUCAAGAAAGCAUCGCAUGGUAAUAUUCGGAAUCGAAUCAAUAGUAGCAGCAGUAAAGUAAUCAAUCCUGUGGUGAUUUAUUUGAGGUCGCCGAAGAUUAUCCAUGUUAGACCCGAGGAGUUUAUGAGCCUGGUACAACGCCUUACGGGGAAAGACUCGUCGUCAAGGGAUGAAUCGUGUAAUCGGCUGCCGUCUUCUUCUUCUUCUUCUUGGAACAUGGCGGCGGCGGAACCGGCCAAGGUGACUAAGAGAACAUCAGCAGGAGAUAAUUUGUUUGAUGCAGAAAUGUCGAAGCUGGCUUUUAAUGGGGUUGAACAUGGUGAUCAAAUUCUUGAACUGUCUCCAACUUGGCUACGUUGUUUAGCUUGUGUAUAGAAGUUAUGUUCUUGAUUUUAUGUGAAAAUGUUACUACAAGCUAGCUAGAUUUUGAUAGUAUAACAGUAAAAUUUGUCUAAAAAGUUAAAGAUUUUGAUUGUUGUGGAUCAUUAGAUUAUCUGUUUGCUUCAAGG